UCUUCCAAGUCUGCAAAUCCAAAAUCACAAGAUAUAAACGCAAGUGACCAAAAUAUAAUCACAGAUUUUAUUUUAACUGAUUUAAUCAACAAUAUUGUUGAGCAUGCCAAUAGGUUAUCCUCUAAUAUGCCUUUAUACAGCAAUUAUCUCAGGGUUGAGCUGCAGAAACAGCUUGAACCUGAGUUGCAAGAACCUGAAUUUGCAUUUGAUUUUCAAGAAUUUG